AUGACUGAAACAGAAUCUAUAUAUAUUCCAAUACCGCAUUUCCCUCCAUUCAAGCUCCGGUCGUCGAUGAUCGACAAAGACCCUGUUAUUUGGGCUCAUUUGUUAGAAGCUUACAUCAAAUUGAUACAACUCUUGCUUGACCCUCAAUCACCGAAAUUAAGUGUAAAAUCUCAGCAACAAUUACAAUUAUUUUUGAAGGUGUAUUUACAAGAAACAAGUAUAGAGGGCGAAAGAAUUUUUUCAUUGGGCACUAUCAAUCCAGAUAUUAAACGAAACACUGAAACUUUACGAUUAUACGUGUUUCAAUUAAUCAAGAAUUUUAGCUUUGUAAAGUUGAACAUGACUGGAGAAAUGAUUUGGAAUUUUGUUCGAAUUUAUUCAGAAAAGAACGCACAAACUGUGAGAAGUCUAGCCGAUGGAUCUUUCAAGUCAAAAUUUAACGAUAACAAAAAGUCUGGUAAUAUUUCAUCGAUUCAAGUUUUACAGAAACACCUUGAAAAGUUGAUUUCAGAAGGAAAGUUUUCGUCAAAUGAUAUGAAUUGCUUUACAAUAUUACUAGGACAACAUGUUUCCAGAACAACGUACUUAAUGGGGUCAAGCAAAACGGUAAAUAAAAGUCAAAAUAAUGGCUUACAAUUCGCCGAUAGUUUUGUUUCAUCACAAUGGAUAGAAUUUUUGAAUAUUGCUUAUGCUGACGGGCGUAGCCCGAAUGCUGAAGUGGUUAAAAAUGUGAUGAUUCUUUCUGUGAUAUCCUUGUCGGCCCCCAAAUUGGCAAAGUUGGCCUCAGAGUUGGGAAUCUCAUCGGUUGAUACGUUGAACGUUGCACCGUUAUUUGGUGCGGUUAUUACAUCGGAUGCAUUGAAGGAUUUGAUACCAAAAUUGGAGGAGAGGUUACCAUUUCUCAAGUUUAUCAACAAGGAUUUAGAUAAUGAAGACGAAGAUGAGGAUUAUGAAGAAAACAUGGAGGGGAUCUCUCUCUUGGUGGAUUUGUUUCCCACAUUGACAGAGAAAAAAGCAAAGGCAAUUUUGAGAGAAUAUAACGGAGACGUCGAAUUUGUGACCAACUUGCUUUUGGAGAAUCCACACCGCAUAAGCUCAAUUGAGGAACACCAGGCGACACCUGAAAUCAAACCUGACGAGAAUGCGAAGCUUGAUAUACAAAAAAGGUCAAUAUACGAUGAUGAUGAUAUUUCAAAGGGCGAUUUUUCCAAAGCCUCUAUUAUUUUUGGAAAAAGAAAGGAAAAGGAUCCCGGAGCAGCAAACGAUGAUUUAAAAAAGAAAACUUUGAGUGCUGCUUUGAGAUUGAUGUACGAAAGCGAUGAAGAUGAACCCGAUGACACAUACGAUAACCAAGAGAAGACCACAGGUGCAGAAUUAGAGGUUGAUGUGAAAAACAAGAAGAAGGGAGCAAAGAUAGCACCAAUUGCAGAGGAAAUGAAACCUGCAUUCUCGCCAGUCGAUCAAACGGAGCGCUACCUCUUCAGCUUGUUUAAAAAAGAUGGAGCCGACAUAUUUGCCAAAAUUUCAAGAAAGUCUAGUCAUCGUCAGCAAAUGAAAAAAAGUACAAAUUGGUCGGAUGAACAAAUCGAGGGAUGGUUGCGCAUGCUUCUCAAAUCUCCUCGGAGGUACAAGAUACUAGAGGAAGACUUUUUCUAUGGUGGGGGAAAUCCAAAUAGACCACAAAAGGUAGAACAGGCAAGAGAUGAAGGGGAGAAAGUCCCUUUCUUGAAGACACCAACUCCGAGUAGCAAACAACAAUCCAAAGAACAAGUCAAACGUACACAAGCAAGGGACGAAAAGAACAAAUCUAGCAAGUCAAAUCACAAUCGAAAAUCUCGACAUGAUAAGAAGUCCAAUUUGCAACUUGCUGGUAUGAAGUAA